GGGCGCAGCUCCGGACGGGAGGGAGUUAACCCGGUGGCCUCGCGGCUCCACGUAGGAGCUGGCUCCGGCUGCCGGCUGCGGUCAGGGCCAUCGUAUAAAUAGGGCGGGAGACCGAGCACCGAGGACUUGCCGCUGCCCCCAGCCCCGGCCCCAGGCGUCCCGGCCAUGGCCCGCCCGAUGCUCUUGCUCAGCCUCGGCCUCCUGGCCGGCCUGCUGCCGGCGCUGGCCGCCUGCCCCCAGAACUGCCACUGCCACGGUGACCUGCAGCACGUCAUCUGCGACAAGGUGGGGCUGCAGAAGAUCCCCAAGGUGUCAGAGAAGACCAAGCUGCUCAACCUACAGCGCAACAACUUCCCAGUGCUGGCUGCCAACUCGUUUCGGGCCAUGCCGAACCUCGUGUCGCUGCACCUGCAGCACUGCCAGAUCCGCGAGGUGGCCGCGGGCGCCUUCCGCGGCCUCAAGCAGCUCAUCUACCUGUACCUGUCCCACAAUGACAUCCGCGUGCUGCGCACCGGCGCCUUCGACGACCUGAGCGAGCUCACCUACCUCUACCUGGACCACAACAAGGUGACCGAGCUGCCCCGGGGGCUGCUCUCUCCGCUGGUCAACCUCUUCAUCCUGCAGCUCAACAACAACAAGAUCCGCGAGCUGCGCUCCGGCGCCUUCCACGGCGCCAAGGACCUGCGCUGGCUCUACCUGUCGGAAAACUCACUCAGUUCCCUGCAGCCCGGCACUCUGGAUGACGUGGAGAACCUCGCCAAGUUCUACCUGGAUAGGAACCAGCUGUCCAGCUACCCCUUGGCUGCUCUGAGCAAGCUGCGGGUGGUGGAGGAUCUGAAGCUGUCCCACAAUCCCCUGAAAAGCAUUCCCGACAACGCGUUCCAGUCUUUCGGCAGAUAUCUGGAGACACUCUGGCUGGACAACACCAACCUGGAGAAGUUCUCUGAUGGUGCCUUCCUGGGUGUGACCACGCUGAAACAUGUCCAUCUGGAGAACAAUCGCCUGAACCAGCUGCCUUCCAGCUUCCCCUUUGACAGCCUGGAGACCCUCACCCUCACCAACAACCCCUGGAAAUGUACCUGCCAGCUCCGGGGACUGCGGAGGUGGCUGGAAGCCAAGACCUCCCGCCCUGAUGCCACUUGCGUGUCGCCCGCCAAGUUCAGGGGCCAGCACAUUCGUGACACGGACGCCUUCCGCGGCUGCAAGUUCCCCACUAAGAGGUCCAAGAAAGCCGGCCGCCAUUAAACAGGUUGUUGGAGUCCUGACACCAAUCCUUGCCUCACCUCAGGUCCUGACCCAGCCGGUCCUGGUGACUGGUCUCUGCCUUCUGCCGGAAAAACUACUGAUCCUCCCACCUCCGACCCCCACCUUCUCCCCACAGCCUUUGCUGAUGCACAAGCUGUCCACACCUAGACAUGUCCUGGCAGGGGACUCGGGCACUGCAGCACAAACCCAGCUCCGCCUGACGGUGAGAGCUUCAUGAUGCCUGGCCCCGCGGCUAUGGCUCCUCUCAGAGAAGCUGUUGCUGAGACCCCCAAGUCCUUUAGAACCGGAACACGGUGGCCAUCAGGAUGGCCACUCUUCCGGAAUCCUCGUCUCUGCUCCCCUUUGCCUGCCAUUUGGAAACAAACAUCAGAUCCUUGCCCCACCCCUUGCCUCCAGGAAGGGUCUCAAGCCCCUACCCCCAACUUUGCCAGCCCCCGCCUGCCAGGACACUCUAGCCGGACACUGGUGCUUUGCCACACAUCCUCCCAUGCUGCAUUUCUUCCCCAGAUUUCUAUAAAUAUAAAUUUAUGUAUGUGUAAUAUUUACUCCCCUGUCACCUAUCUCUGUGACUUGAGAGCUGCUGAUUAGGUAAGAUUGCUUUUUCUCACAUCUGCUUUCUGGAAUGAGGGCCAGCCGGAGGGUCUUCCUUGGAGACCCAGG